AUGCUUAGGUCUCGCUCUGUGCUUCGUUUGUGUCAAACGAUCCCUAGACGGGCCAAUUUGGUGCGGUUCCAGGUGACUUCCACGGUAGUCGAAAACGACGCCAAAAGAGUCCCUCCUCCAAAAAACGCCGAAGCAGCCAAUCAGAAUUCACAGAAGAAAAAUCACUUCCAGAAGCCCAUUCCUAGAAAUCCAAACAAGCCGUUCAGUCGCAAGUUCAGGGACAUCUCUCAACAAAUCAGCGUUUCUGUCAAAGAUGCAAACGCUACAGACCUCACCGAGGCCAUUGAUAUCUACGAGGAGGGUCUCUCGUACUUGAGAGAAAUUCAGGCUGCAGAAAAAAUCGAGGAUGAGCUCAUGUACAGAGAGUUUCAGCGGUCUGCCACUAUUCUCUUAGGGAAAGCCAUUCAGAGCGGUGACGAGAAGUUGAUCUCUCGGGUUUUGGAGAUCUUCAUUGCCAACCGCGUGGCUCAUAACUUCCACUUUGCGCAAUAUCUGAUGUACCUCCUUGGUCAAGGCGCCGAGAGACACACUGAGAUUCUCUCCUUGUGGCUCCAGUACUUGGAAUAUUCCAAGAUGUUGGAUGCUACCACCCUGCGUUUGUUGAACCGUCCCUUCGGUUUCCAGAGUGAGUCCAAGUUCCUCUCCAAUGACCUCAUGAAUGUCACUUAUUUCGUAUUUGUCUUGCAGUGUGCCGCUGCAGGUGUGGAGCUCCAAAUCAAAGAUGCCAUGAAACUUCUACAGAUCACUGAUGCCUCGCGUUUGCCUCCCACAUUCCAGGUGAUGAGCUCUUUGAGAAAGUGCGAGCACUUUGAGUCGAUUCGCCCAGAGGUAGAACAGUUCAGUAACAUCACCCGCAACCACUCCAUUAAGCUCUUGAACCCCAAUGGUGAGGCUAUGGCUGCAAAGAUCUAUUCCAUCACUAAGAAUGGAAAUUACAGAAUGCUUAAACAAUACUACGAACGUUUGAGCGCGGCCUCUGUCGAGAACAACCUCCCAUUGACCGAAGACACUCUUAAUAGAGUCAUGAACGCAUUCAUUGAACUUCACCACUUUUCUGAAGCUCUUGAGGUAUUUACCACAAUGGCUUCGUCUUUCAAGCCUUCUGCCACUUCGUGGACGUUAGCUAUCAAGGCUAUGGGACACCCUAAGCAUGUUGACUCCUUGAAACCUGUUCAAAAGGACAAAAUGGUGCAAACCGUCAAAUCGACCCUCCAGUCCAUGGAGGCCAUGGGUGUGCCCGUCAACGCCAAGGUUUUGGCUGUCGCAGUUGGAGCUAUGGCCAAUUUGGAUAAACAGGAGGAAGUCCAGAAGCUUUUGAGUCAAUACAGCAACAUCCCUGUUGUCCAUUUGACCAGACACAACAAUUUGCUUGGUAUGAUUCUCAACAACGAUGUUGCAGAGGCUGAGAAACGCAUGAAGGAAUACUUCAAAGAGGACCCAACAUACGUUCCAUCUAUCCAGCUCUUGAACUCGUUCUUGACUCACUACGUCAACGUUGCUAAUUACAAUGCUGCUGACGCCAUGUUGCAAUUCAUGAGUGAGAAGAACAUUGAGUCCGACUUGGGAACCAUCACCACUGUGGUCAACUACUACUUCAAGUCUUGUAAGAACAACGGUAGAAUUCCCGAUGUGCACACUGUGCUUCUGGAAUUGACCAAGAAGAACUUGAAGUGGGACCCUAACAUGGCUGCCACUCUCAUGAACGGUUUGACUCUCGACAGCUCGAACUUAGACGCAGUGCGUGCUGUUUUCAAGUUCUUCAUUGCUUUGGGUCCUAGAUUCAAAAACUCUCCAGCUUUAUAUACGUCCAUGAUUCAAAUGGAGUUGGAUCAUGGUGAUGUUGCACUUGCCGAGGAUUUGUUCUUGUGGUACGAUGAGAACCUCAAAUCGGACACUCGUGCAUGGAAUCAAAUGAUCAAGGGUCUUUUGGUCAACAACGAAAAGAGAGCUGUCAAAUUCUAUCAGAAAAUGGUCACUCAUUCCAAGAAUGAGCCAAACAACUUCACGUUCUACUACAUGCUCAUCCACUUCCUUAAAACUGGAAACACCAAGAGAGUGCAAUGGGUUCUUGAUGAGAUGGCUGCGUCAUCUUUGGCUGACUUUGGACUGGAGUUGCCAUCGAAGGUCACACAAUUGAAGCUGCAAUACAAUGUGGACCAAAGUUUGUUGAGGAGAUUAUCUUCUGAAGACGUUAAGCAUGCGCGAUCCUUGUAA